AUGAGCAACAGCAGAAGCACAGCAGCCCUGCUGCUGCUGCGGCAGCAGCUGCAGCAGCAGCUGCAGCAGCAUGUGUCUCUACAGACCGCGCUGCAGCGGAGGAUCGUGUACCCCCUUGUCGCGACGGGGUGCCUGCACAGCAGCAGCAGCAGCUGCAGCAGCAGCAGCAGCAGCUACAGCAGCAGCAGCCGCUGCUGCAGCAGCUACUGCAGCAGCAGCUGCGCCAGGCCCUUCCCCUGCAGCAGCUUCCGGCAGCUGCAGCAGCAAAGUCUGUGGGGCGUUUGCAGCAGCAGCUCUUUUUCAACAAGCCUUAGGCCUCCGAGCACAGGGGACUCACAAAACCAGCAGCAGCAGCAGCAGCAACAGCAACAGCAGCAGCAGCAAGAGCAAGAGAAGCAGCAGCAGCAACCACAGCAAGAGCAGCAGCAACAGGACCAUGUCCAGCUGCAUUCCCAAGAAUAUGCGCGCCAAGGCACUGCAGCAACCGACGUUCCAGCAGCAGCAGCAGCAGCAGCAGCAGCAAUUGAUGCUGCAGCAAAGACAGCAGCAGCAGCAGCUGCUGCUGCUGCCCGGCCAGACCUGAGUGCUUUGCGGUACCCCAGUGUCGAGGCUGCAGCAGCACGCGCAGCCCAGCGCCACGAGUUGGAAGCAGCAGCAGCAGCAGCAGCAGCAGCAGCAGCAGCAGCAGCAGAAGCUCCCCCCAGAGCUUCUCUGCCUCCUUCGUCUCCUCGCCUCGUCACAUGGAGAGUGUCUCUUCUCUGCAGCGCAGCAUGCGCUGCGAUAACGGCGCUUUUGUUUUAUCAGAUGGAGCGAAAGAAGAGGCAAAAGGCAGACAAAGAGCACGGAGAAGUCGUGCAGCCCAUCUUCAUAACAGUGGACCCUGCAAGAGACACUGUGGCCCAAGUUGCUGCUUACUGCAAAGAGUUCCACCCCAGGCUUGUCGGACUGACGGGCACCCCGGGCCAAAUAAAAGACGUGACGCGCAAGUUUAGGGUUUAUUUCAACGAGACAGCGAAGACAGGAGAUGAGGAGUAUCUCGUGGACCAUUCUAUCAUACAGUACUUCAUGGGCCUCGACGGGUCUUUCAAGGAUUUCUUUGGCCAAAAUAUGACAGCACGAGAAAUCGCGCAAAAGAUUUCAAGACAUAUAAAAGAAGACAAGCUCAAGAAGAAAGAGAAGAAACGGGCAGCUGAGGCUGAUGAGGACUAA